AUGCAGACCAUCCCCGGUGGAUCGUGUGGAGACCAGGUCACUUCGUUCACAGUGACGGGGGUGAUCAAUCUGGUUACUGAUGUGGGCGUGCUCGUGAGGCCGAUGCCGUCGCUGUACAAGCUGCAGAUGGCAAUGUACAAGAAGGUGACCUUGAUUACCGUUUUUGGAUUGGGAGUAGUUACCUGCAUCACCAGCGCCCUCCGCAUCUCCGUGCUCUCCUCGAUGGACUUCACCGACAUCACCUACACGAUCACCCGCGCCAACAUCUUCAGCGGCCUGGAGCCCUGCCUCGCCGUCAUCCUUGCUUCGAUCCCUCUGAUGCGACCGCUCCUGGGUCGAUCGGUCUACACGCCCAACGGAACAGGCCCCAAGUCCUCCUCCCCGUCUGCGGGGCCCAAGCCCGAUCCCUCCGCCUUCGGUGACGGAUUCCACCGCCCGGAAGACGACUCGAGUCAGUUGUGCUUGCAGCCGUUGGGGCAGAAGAAGUUUGCUGGUGUCGGCGUAAGGGAGCAGGAUUCCUUGUGUGAGGGGAGCGAGGAAUCGCUGACGCUUGAGACUAGGAGGCCGAGGGAACCGGCUCUAGGGUAG